ACGGCUUCGACAGUUAGCUUGCCAGGUCUCAAAGUGCUGACGCGGGAUUCGACACUGUUUUCUUAUGUUAGUGGUUCAGUUAUACUGUAGUGCACCACAAACGGACUGUUACUGGUAGAGGAGCACGCUGACUUUAGGUAGCUUUCUAACAGGAUCAGAUAACGUUAGGUUUCUAAACAGUUGUGACAAGAAUAUUUUGCAACUCAGACGGUGAUAAGAAUUGACAUCUAUAACCAGAUAUUUUGGCCCUUAGAUUUCACUUGCUUGUUUUGAAAUGGAAAUAUGUUCGUCGUCUUUAUAACAGAUGCCGAAUAAAACUUGAGAGUUUUGGUUUCGAAAAAACCCAAAACGCGUCGUGUUUAAGUUAAUAAGCACAUGCUUUUACCUUUCUAUGUGUAUUGGUUAGUGACCGAGGUUUGUAUCUAGAAAGAAGUCCGUAUAUUUGUUUGUUUGUUUUGUGCUGCUUUUCGGUUAUUGGCAGAUCCAUUCAAAUUUAGCGAAUUAGUUGAUCAACACAAAAUUUGAUGAAGGAUUUUAGCUUUUUUCCACGAUUGCCCAGCAAUGCACGUGUUUGCUCAUCUCACCACAGGUUUGAUCGCCAAACAAAUUAACCAUUUAAAACAGUGAUUGCCAAGGUAACCUUGGUAGUCUUAGUUUAAAAUCAGAUAGCACUCUGUGCUAGCUAGUCCCGGAACUUGGAGAAGGAGGAGCUCAGUUUUUAGAUGAUAAUUUGUGUUUAAGCGGGAACCUCUAUUUCAGUGGAGUGUAGAGGUGUGGACUGGUACAGGGGUCUUGCGGGACAAAACCAAAAACAGUCAUACGAACAAUAUCAGAUAAGGGACAAAGAAAGGCCGCGUUCAUUAACACGGAAGUGCGUUGGGAGCUCGUGCUGCCUGAAACAAUUACCGCGUACUUUCAUACAUUGGAGUCAUUGCUUUAUCCAGGUAACCCAUGUGGAGCCGUGGGAGAAAGGCAGCAGGAAAACAGCAGGGCAGACUGGAAUGUGCGGAGGGGUGCGAGGUGUAGGCACAGGUGGUAUCGUCUCCACAGCUUUCUGUCUACUGUAUAAGCUGUUCACGCUAAAACUGACCCGCAAACAGGUGAUGGGUCUCAUUACACACACAGACUCCCCGUACAUCCGAGCACUUGGCUUCAUGUAUAUACGAUACACACAACCCCCUGCAGACCUGAUCGAGUGGUUUGAGCCCUUCCUUGAUGAUGAGGAGGAGCUGGAUGUGAAGGCUGGCGGUGGGUGUGUGAUGACUAUCGGUGAGAUGCUGCGCUCCUUCCUCACAAAGCUUGAAUGGUUCUCCACACUGUUUCCACGUAUCCCAGUGCCUGUUCAGAAGACCAUCGACCAGCAGAUGAAAAACCGACCACGCAAACCACCACAGAAAGAGGGCAAAGAGGAUGAGGAGGAAGGCGACUGGCACCGAUCAAGGUCCCCGAGGAAAACACCGAGCCCUCGGAGAUCCCCACACCGCUCACGCAGCCGCAGUCACCACCGAGAACGGCGUGGCGCCAGCUUCGACCGCGAGCUCGAGAGAGAGAGGGAUCGCCAACGCAAAGACAGGGACAGGGACAGAGACAGGGAAAGGGACAGAGUGGAGAGAGACAGGGUUGCAGACAGGGACAGAGAUCGAGAGAGGGAUCGACGGCAUUCCCGUACCCCAGAUCAAGCCUCAGACUGGCGAAGGAGCCGCGAACAGAGGAAUGAGAGAAAAGAGCGAGAGAAAGAGCGGGAUGGAGAGAGCGAAAGAGAGCGAAGCCGUCGGAAGGAGCGAGAGCACAAAGAACGCACCAGUGGCGGAGAGCGAGAAAGGGAGCGCUCAAAAGAUAAGAGGGCCAAAGGAGAAGGAGAUGAACGGCGUCACAAGGAUGAGCGAGAGGAGAGGAGGCACAGGGAGGAGCGUAAGAGCAAGCGAUCAAGCCAAAGCCGGAGUAGAGAGAGGAGGCACAAAGCUGAGCGCUCAAGCAGGAAGUGUUCUCGGUCACGCUCCACGAGUCGUCAGGAACCAGAGGAGAAGAGCAAGAAGCGUGAGUGCAGCAACAACAAGGAGCAUAUGCACAAACACAGUCACAGUCGAGAACGCAGUCACCGCAGAGAUGCAAGCAACGGGAAAGAACAUGUCAGAAUGGACAUUGAAGGGACUCCCUGAGCUUACUUUCCUCACACUUGUCUUUUCUGUCUUGUCUUGGGACCUUCUCAUGCACCCCGACCUUUGUUCUACUAAGUUACUUGGUGUAGAUCUCAUGCAACCUUUUUUGUUCCAUUACACUUUAAGCCAUUAUGGACAUAAAAGGAAAAAUGCUUUUUAAAUAUUUCUUUUGUUUUGAGGAAACCUUCUAGAAUAUUUGUACAUAUAAUUCUGGAGAAUGUUUUAAAUCAUACAGAUGAACAUGUGCUGAGUGAAACUGGCAGCAUGGCAACAGCAUAAACCUGCUGAAAUUGUGCUGUGUUGCAUUUUGUUUCUUAAUAAAAAUCUUGUAUGAAAAGAGAA